ACCGGUCUCACUAGCAGACCAGCUCCCUUCUCCUUCUCCAGUGCGCCCCGAGGCCCCCGACCAGACGAGCAGAGCCCAGCUAGGGUUUCGAGAUUUCCCGUCGCCAGAAUCGACCGCCACCUCGUCUCCGCGAGCACCCGCCGGCGCCAUCCCUCGCCCUCGACGUCUUGCGCCCCGGCGACCCUCCCGGAUCUCGGCCCCCUCCUCCUCCUCGAGCACCACCGCUGUCGAUCUCUACUCGCGCCGCCCGCAGAUCUGAUUCCGGGGUCCCCGGCUCUCCCAUCCAGGAUCAGGGCCAUACUCGUCGGCCACCAUGCAGGCCAGCGACAGGUUCAACAUCAAUUCUCAACUUGAGCAUCUCCAGGCCAAAUAUGUCGGAACAGGGCAUGCUGACCUGACCAGAUUUGAAUGGGCUGUAAAUAUCCAAAGAGACAGCUAUGCAUCCUACAUUGGACACUAUCCAAUGCUGGCAUAUUUUUCCAUUGCUGAGAAUGAAUCUAUUGGAAGGGAGCGUUACGAAUUUAUGCAGAAAAUGCUGCUUCCCUGUGGCCUCCCUCCUGAAAGAGACGAAGACUGAGGAGCUGGUGCUAUAGUGCUACCUCCACAGCAACUUGUGUCCAGAUGCUGUGCGUUACCAAAGUCUCAAGGCCUGUCUGGACUAGCGACAUGAGCACUCUCUGUGAUUGUGUUUGAACAUCACGAACAUCUUUGUCUAGUUUAAUUUCUGGACGGCCUUGGCCAUCUUGCCUCAUAAAGGGGUAAUGUACCGUGAUGUCGUAUCUGCGUCUUACUAUAUAUGUGAACGGUAUAAUCGAAUUGCAGCAGCGCAUGUUGAGACAGGAAUGUUUUUUCUUUUGAAACUA